AUGGUGAAAUACUUCUCUGUGGAUUGGCUGGCCCGGAGCCACCGUGACACCGCGCUGGCCAGCUGCAGACCGCACGUGCCCUGCGUGGUGCAGCCGGGCCCGCCGGCUUACGGCAAAAGUUACCUGCAGCCCAAAUUCAAGUCGUCCUCGCCUUCGCAUUCGACGCGCUGCACGUCACCAAUUUCCGAAUCGAGCGACUACUCCUCUGGCUAUGACAGUGAAGCGGCUUCCUCGGAGUGUCUGUCUGUGGACGAGGCCAGCGAGGCGGGGAAAGAGUGCUCCCAGCGGAGGGUACGCACUAAAUUCACCCCCGAGCAGAUCAGCAGGCUGCUCAAGAUCUUCGACAAGCACAAGUACCUGGAGGCUGGCGAGAGGGUGAAGACGGCGCGCAAACUGGGCCUAACUGAAACGCAGGUGAGGACCUGGUUUCAGAACCGCAGGAUGAAGCUCAAACGGGAGGUGCAGGACCUCGCUCCCCAAGCGCAGCCGGUCAUGUUCCAACACCUCCACCCGAUUCGGUACCGCGCCGGUGCCGCACAGCAAAGCCACUACCCCGCCACCUUUUACACCGUCCCCGUGCAGCCGCAUUUGGGCCCUCACUGUCACAGAGGGUCCCACCUCAUGAUCCACAACCCAUAUUUCUACUGA